GUCGUGAGCGAACCCGUACAGUUCUGCCCGUCCGGCGGAAAUGGCCUGUGUUAUAGCAUUGCUGUGCCUACUUCGUCGGCGAAUGCUGGUUCUGGGAACAUCUAUUUCCAGCUCAAAGCCCCUACGUCUUUUCAAUGGGUAGCACUUGGUACUGGGAGCAGCAUGGCAGGGUCCAACAUCUUCCUGAUGUAUCAGGACGGAAAGGGGAACCUGACCUUGUCGCCGCGCACCGGCGUAGCACACACCGAGCCGAAGUUCGACACCAGCGACACCGCGGCUCGCUUGACCCUCCUUGCGGGCAGCGGUGUCAGCAGCGAUGGAGAGACAAUGACCGCCAAUGUUGUCUGCUCAAACUGUCAGUCCUGGAGUGGCGGAGAGAUGUCCUUGGCGAGCACUAGUGCAGGGUGGAUUGGCGCGUGGAAGGCUGGGUCAUCGCUGGCCACGACAGAUCAGGCCGCAACCAUCACUUACCACGACGACCACACCCAGUUUAAGGUCGAUUUAACUAAGGCAAGCGUCAGCUCCGACAGUAACCCGUUCACCACGUCACGGAACAACGAAGGUGGCGGCGGUUCUGGAUCCGGGUCGGGGACUGGCAGUUCCGGCGGUCCAGGCGGUUCAGGUGGUUCGGGCGGCUCAAGCCCCGGCGGUGUUACCCCAACAGGCGGGUUCGCAAAGCCCACCAUGCUGGUGGCACAUGGUGCUAUCAUGGGGCUGGUCUUUGUGCUAUUGUAUCCCCUGGGCUCAAUAGUGAUGCCAUUGCUUGGCAGAUGGUGGCUGCACGCUGCCUUCCAAACCGUCGCAUUCUGUCUGAUGUGGGCGGGAUUUGCUCUGGGCUAUGUGACGGCCGACAAGUUCGGAUUUUUGUGGACCCAACCCCAUGCUAUUUUCGGAACCGUCGUCGUCGCGCUGCUAGGUCUCCAACCUUUCCUAGGUUUUGUACAUCACCAGCAGUUCAUCAAGACUCGCCGCCGAGGAGCGGUUAGUUAUAUCCACAUUUGGUGGGGCCGUCUUCUGAUGGCGCUCGGUGUGAUUAACGGCGGAUUGGGCCUCAAAUUAGCCAAAGAGGAGAACGGCCCCGUCAUCGCAUACGGCGUUGGCGCCGGUGUUGUGUACCUGGCGUACAUAGGCUACAAAACGGGCGUUUUCUUUCGUGACGGGACGUCGGCUCGACACAGCUCCAAGGAGUCGAACGGCGGGGCCCAGAUGGAACAUGGGGCACCACAUGAAGUGAAUCACGAGAAGGCGUCCCUGGUUCCAAGCUAUUAUCUGCUCUGUGGUUGGAGGCUAAUGGCAAGCUCGGGAGUAUUGUCGAAUCACGUGAUAUCACAACCGAGCGCUCGCAAGGCCGUGGCGGCUGUCUCCCGCCUCGCCAUGCGCAAUGCUGUCCCCGCGAGGACGUUCAUGGCCCCGACUGUCUCGAGGAGAGCCGAUUUCGUCCAGGAACUCUACCUCAAGGAGCUCAAGGCGUACAAGCCGGCUCCCAUCAAGGAGACCGACUCAGUCGGCCAAGUCGCCACCUUCAGCGUGCCCAAGACCCCCAAGUCGCCCGAGGAAGCCGACCUCGCGUCCAGCCUAAAGGAGUACGAGAGCAUGGCCGUCGAGGUCGAGGGACAGGAGGGUGCUGCCGCCGGUCAGGCCGCCCCAGUGGUUGAGGACUGGCUGGUUGAGGAGGAGGAGGAGGAGGCCCACCACUAA